AUGCCCCUCCGAGACAUCGAAUCUAUCUGGCACAGUCCUGGCACGACUACGUAUCUAGACGACAGCGUGUUUCUACCAGGCUCAGCGUAUCUCGAUGCGCAUUCCACGUUUCGGAGUCAUUUGAUACAGGAAGUGAGAUCUAAUGUGCCGACUCGAGAAGUUACACCGGAUGCUGCGCGUGUUGGACUGGGCUGGGGAGAGUCGCAGGCCAAUUACGCUUCAGAUGCAGCGAGGCAUGUCACGGAAACCUCUCUUGAUGCCACACCCAUCAAUGAGCCAGAUACGACGAACAUCCCGCCACCCCAGCUGUCCGCGGAGGAAGAGUUUGAUCUAUGGAAGAACUGGCUCGAUGAAGUAGCCCCCUGGAUCGAUAAAUUCGACCCGGAGCGCCACUUCCAACGCACACUACCCAUCAUGGCACGCUCACACGAUCACUUGCGGUAUUCCAUGCUCGCGCUCUCGGCACGGCAGAUAGAGCGGAAGAAUAACAGUAAACAUACCUCACGAAGUCUAGCUCUCUAUCAAACCGCCAUUCAACUCGUACUACCACAACUACACACGCGCAGCACGCCCGUGAUAGCAUCGUGCGUUGUGCUAUGUGUACUCGAGAUGCUGAGUAGUUCGGCGAAAGCGUGGCAUCAGCAUCUAGAUGGAUGUGCGCAUUUGCUUGAAGCUGUGGGGAUUAAUGGGUUCAGCGGCGGUGUGGAUCAAGCGCUAUUCUGGUGCUUUGCGCGCAUGGACGUCUGCGGCGGACUCAUCGCGUCGUCUAAAACGCUUAUACCGGUGGAGCACUGGCCUACAUCAGGAAUGGGUCUCGAUGCCGACGUGGACCGCUUCCGCUCCGUUGGCGACUACAACGUCUACGCGUGCGAAGCCGUGUAUCUCAUUGCUCAAAUCCUCGACCUGCUGUCUUUCCAUUCCAACCUAGCCGGUCGCGUGGGCGCUACACCACGCUCACCCACAGACACAGAUGCCGCGUACUCCGCACGCUGGACUCAACUCUGGCACCACAUCUCAACAUGGUACACCACGCGCCCCGCAGAAAUGCUCCCAAUCUCCUCCUUCACACCACCUACCUCCCCCUUCCCGCGUCUCCUCUACAGCAACCCCGCCGCCAUGUCCGGCAACCAACUCCACCACACCGCCUGCAUCUUGAUGCUCCGCCACAAACCUCCCAACACCACCGUUACACCUAAACCCAACUCGAUCUUCUGGCACGCGAGACAGAUCUGUGGGAUCUCGAUUAGCAAUGAUGAUCAUGCUGCUUGGACGAAUGCGAUUCAGCCGCUGUGGAUUGCGGGCCAGUGGAUGAGCCAUGAGAGUGAGCAGAAGGCUAUUUUGCAGCUGCUGGAGAAGAUUGAGAGACUUUCGGGGUGGAGUACGAAGUGGAGGGCGGAGGAUUUGAGGGAGUUUUGGGGGUAG